AUGUCCUACAACGGGAUUGGUCUUCAGACACCCCGAGGUUCAGGAACCUCGGGUCACGUGGAAACGAACUUGGCAUCAAGGAAGUCCCCAAAGCACUCGGGUUCUUAUCAGAAACGAGUGGCCGAUGCAAAGAAGAAGGAAAUGUACGAACGUAAUCUAGCCGAUAGGUUAGCUAGGAAGGACGUUUCAGAGGACAUACAAAAGCACAAUAUAAAGAGAGAAAUCGAAGUUAAAUGUAUGGAAUUGCGAGAAAAGCUUGAAGAUGACGACGUGGACGAUCAAGAAAUAGAAAAGCAAAUCAAAGCACUCCGAGAGUCCUUAAAAAGCCAAACCAAUGGAAGGAAUCCGGCAGGUCAUGGAAAUGAGAGUCCAUCGGGAACUCAGAAAGAAGAAAACUUUUCUUAUGGGUACAAGGCACGAUAUAGUAAUCGAAGUGAUAGAAUUCAACGUGAUUGA